CUCUCCGUUCCACAGUCACAGCCAGCCUUUCUUCAGGCGUCAACUCAAGGGACUCGAGUCAAGUCUUUACUCGACCCUUCCUUCCACCACCACCAGCAGGAGCAGGGGAUUCAACUCUAUUUAUUGCCUUUCGCAGUGACGACAUUCAGGAUGCUGAACACGGUAUCAUACACUGCACACUGCACCCUGCACCCUGUACACUGUACACCAGAAUUGAACCAUGCUUGGAUCUCAUCGCGUCCUUUUUUCACUAGCCGUCCGUCCCUCUUCUCCUGUUGCCAUGAAACCUCCUCGAGUCCUCCCUCGUCCUCCCUCGCCUGCAGGGGUGAUCCCUUCCGUGACGUGGUGCUUGUACCCUCCAGUGGAUCCUUGAUAAGCGCGCUGUUGAAGUGUUUACUUACCACCGAACGAACUAUCCAUCCAUCUCUAUCGAUCCAGCCUGUCGAAACAUGCAUUGCGCUGUUUGGUGCUGAUUAUAACACAAUUAUACCAUCCUUCCCGUCUCUCCUUUCACUCUCCACGCCUGAGGCCGAUCGAUCCGCCUGUCUGUCAUCCACCGACCCGUCUGGCCCACGUGUGUGGAAUUUCUUAAGAAGCCCUGGUCGAAACAUCCGACUGCAGCAGCAAGCGCUUCGAAAAUUCUCUCCUGUGCCUCUCAUCGCCGUCGCCGGGCCUGUCUCCGCCCUGUCGGCGCUUCCUGCCUGCCCUCCCCCGGCUUCAUUGGCCGUGGUUUCACUGCGCAAUUUCCCACCAAGAACGUCCAAUUUUAACUUUGCUCCCCCCCCCCCGCGGCUACUGAGACUGUGAUCUCCAACUGUCAUCGUCCACUGUUGCUGCCAGAAUCCCCCACCCCUGCCUUGGUUGUUAUGGCGCGGCGGUUUUGAGCCUCUCUGCUCGCACAUCUUAUAUUGUCCGCUCAACCGCGCGGCCAGGCGCAACCGUGCGAUUUUCCAUUCCUCCAAAAUCAGCCCGACUAGGCUCUCCCUCCCUGCCAAACCUUAGACGCUCCUUCGAACAUUGACUCGUCCCAGCUGGC